GUGUUGUGUCUCGUCUCUCACUUUGUCGCCCUACACACAGAUAACUGUUCGAUAAUCAGGGUCACAACGUCCACGUAUAUGUCAAUAUAUCAUGUAUAUAUCAGGCUGCUGAAGGUGGUGCUUAUACCUUGAUACGUACUGCAUAUAUCCUGAAUGUUAGUGUUAGCUGACUACCACACAUUCCUACUUUCGGUUUACAGCGUGGCCGGGCUUCAUGUACACAAGUAUUGACCCACUUUUACUGUUAAAGUGUAUAAUAGAAAACCCUCGGCCGUGUCGCCGUGUUUAACAGAGGAAGGGUGUGUAGGUAGGGAGAAUUUACGUUUCAAAUUUUACGUUUGUAAUGAAAUAAUUUAAUUUUUACGGGAGAAAACUACGCAAAAAGUAUAUAAUAAAUAGGAUAUUUAAUGUGACUCGUUAAAUAUUAUAUAUCUCUCAUCUCGUGACGGAUGACAAGGAAAUAUUUUCACUCAUGGCCAUGCCACUCGUGUUACAACGUCUCAUAUUACACAAUUGUAAAAUCACGUCACAUCCCGGAAGUGACCUGCGUGUCAACAGCGAAGGAAGCUACCUGUCAAGAAUGGACACCUUCCCGAAGUGUUUGGUCUGUCAGCAGCAGUUUACUCUGAAAGGUCCAGUCCCCUACUUACUGCCCUGUCUACACGCUGUGUGUGAGACGUGUGUGAUAUCUGCAGCUGGUGGUGUGAUAUCGUGCUCUACAUGUCAGAGGAAGGUCAACCUCACAGACACAAGCCUCAAGAGGGAUGCAGUCAGACAGAAGGAAAUAUUCCACCUCACAGUCAAACAUCGCCCCACAGAGCUAUUCUGUACAAAUGACGAUGACGGCAACCAGGCUGUGUGUUGGUGUCAGGAGUGUGAAGAGUUCCUCUGUGAAUACUGCCAGAACAUGCACAGCAGCGUCAAACUUACCAGGAAACAUGUACUUCAAAAUGUCGGUAGCAUGGAACCGACUGUCUCGAACUUUCCUCCUUUUUGCAGUGUCCAUAAAUACGACCUCCUUUAUCUGUUUGAUAAAAGCUGCAAGAAGUUAAUCUGUGCGAGAUGUAGACUUGAUGACCACGCAGACCAUGAUGUUGAGGAGCUGGAUGUGGUUGCUGAUACUGUAACAAAACAGCUGAACCAUCAUAAGAAUGAGCUAUCAACGUUACAGGCUCGCCAGCAAUCACACAUGCAGAGCAUCAGACAGGGAACCGAAUCCACCGACAGAACGCACAACUCUUUGAUAGAAACUAUUGGUCACACAUUCCAAUCUCUGAGAUCACAACUUGACCAAAGAGAGAAGGAACUUCUGAUCGAUCUUAAAAGUCAGACGAAGGAGACCAAGGCAAAUCUACAUGCUCAACUCACCACCUGCAAAGAAGAAUGGAAGACAUGCACUGGGCUUUUAGACUACAUCGCCAAAGUCCUCUUCUAUGCCUCAAAGUCAGACCUCGUGGAACUGGAGAGUUAUAUAGGGGACAUAACUCGGAACUAUCUAGAAACUGCUGCGCCUCAAACACAUGUCGUACCUACAGCUGUCUUCAACACCAACAGCUUGUCAACACUGAAAUCAAACAUAUCAGUGUUUGGCGCCAUUUUGCCAAGGGAAGUGGAUGAGGAAUCUGUAAAAGACAAGGAUACUCAGACUGAUGAUGACUUUAUGGCAGACUUGGAAAAGAAACACAAAAUGGACCUGACAGAGCUGAAGACAAAAAUUGCUUCAGAUGAGAAACAUAUUGAAAGCCUCAAAACACUUACAGACAAGCUCAAUGUCGAAAUCAGAAGCUUGAAAUCGUGCAUUGAGGAGAAGGAAACCACAGAGAAGAGCGCCUCAAAAACCAUGGAUGUCUUACUUGGUGUGGCCACAGAUUGCGGUGUUCACCUGCUGAAGUCAGAAGUUGUAGACAGAUCUAUGGUGCUGAAGUGUAUACAUCUGAAGUAUGACAAAGACAGAGUCAAUCUCGACAAAGCCCACAUCAACACAGAAGGAGACCUGGUCAACAGGAAGUCGGACACCAGACCUGCAGGGGAGGGGAGACUGAAGAAGUACCAUGGCACAUGUAGCACUGCCCCCCUCCACCGGCCUGGCUGUCCCCAGUACUGGGAGAUGAAGUCGAGGGUCAGUCUGGACAAACCACUCACAGAGGGCCACCUCAUCCUGGAGGUGGGUGUAUGCAGGGGGGAGCAGAUGGACAUGUCUCAUUGUAUCAGUGCACUACCAAGCUCCCACACCAUGGCCGUCUCCCUCUGUCCUACACACGGCGGGAUAUGCAGGAAGACAUGGAAGGAGGGGAAGCAUGUGCUGUGUCUGCCUGACACUCUCACCGACACAGCAGAGACAUCACACACACUGCAUUACGGUGUUGUCUAUGAUGACGCCAGGAAGAAGAUUGUCUUCAUUGAUGUGAAGGAGAACAAAGUGAUAUCGACGUUUGACAAUGUAUACUCUAGUCAGCCACUGUGGCCGAUGUUCGGGGUGUAUAACCCACGUCGCCUCACUGUCAGCAUGACACUUGUAGUGGGCAGCGACAUCAACAUGACAGAGGAGAAGAAAGCAAUGAUUGUUAAGGCGCUGUCGUGAUGGUGACAAUGAUUGUCAAGGCGCUGUCGUGAUGGUGACAAUGAUUGUCAAGGCGCUGUCGUCAUGGUGACAAUGAUUGUUAAGGCGUUGUCGUGAUGGUGACAAUGAUUGU